AUGUGGACAAUCAGCCUGCUAUCUUUGGUUUCUUUGUUCAAUCUGAACAAAACUUUCUGGAGUCCAAUCAAAACUUUUACUGUACCUGAAACUUUAAAUGACAAGAGUCAGAGGAACUCUUUGAGACUUGAAUACAUCACUGGAACUUUUUAUAAUCUGCAGCAGCAAAAGAACGUCUUCCUGCAACAAGCUUUCAAUGAGGAAAAGAGACAAAAUGUCAACUGUCUGGUUGCUUUUUUCUGUGCUCUAAUUGGUUUUAUAUGUUGUAAAUACAUUACCCAAGACUUUCACAUGACUUUCAUACAACCACUUGAUUCCUCACUUUGUUACAGAAACAGAAAUCUCAGACAAGACCCAGUUAGCUGUCCUCUAGUGCCCCCUUCAGGAAGAAUAUCAUUACUGCAUCAGGGGGUUGUUUGA